UUGCCACUGGUAGAGAAUAUAUGAAAAGUUGGUAUUUUUAUGCUUGAUCGAUUAUCGGCCGACCGCCACAAACAGCUGCUGCUCAGUUCAAAGUCUGGUCACACUGUUCUGUGCACCGCUAAGCCAGCUUUGUGAUCUUUUCGUGUUAGCCGCGACUUAUUGAAUAAUUUAAUUACAGCUGCUGUUAAAUUCUGUUUCAAUUUCGCAACCAUUUCUAUAUAAACAAGCGCCAUUUGCCUUGCAAGCGGAUUAUCUUAUCGCAACAACAACAACAACCAAGUUCAACAAACGUGCCAAGCUGCAGCCAGAGGGCACCGCACAACAACAAUAACAACAACAAUAACAAAUAACCACAAAAUCCCAACCGCAACAAGCCACAAUCGGCAAAAUCAUCAACACUGGCGCGCCAGUGGGCCGGGCCAGGCUGGGACUGAGCGGACAGAGACUCUCGUCCGUGUCAGUUGCAUUUUGACAACGCCAACGAACCGCAAACACCCGCGCAAAAGUCAUGACAACUGCUGCAGCUGCUCCGCCGUCGUCUCCACCCCCGGCACAACAGCCAGCAGCAGGAGCAGGAGCGGCAGGAGCUAAGACUCUAAACGCGCUGCUGCACAUGCCCGCGCAGAUGGAGAUGAGCCAAAUUGAGUUGAUCUAUCGGGCGGAGGGUAAUGCAAAUUUGGUGCUGGCAUUGCCGCAAUUUAAAAAAGUUUUACGUUUGCCAAAAAUGAUAUCCAGCAGUCGGCGUUCGCUCUCUGUGCCGCCGCACCCGGCCCAGGCACGCCAAAACAGUUGCCAGUUGCCGACGACGACCGUCCAAGCCGGGCCGGAAGGACAGCCCAGCGUUUCCGACCCAACGCAGCCAGCAAGCGCAAAAGCUGGCGUCUUGACAAUGCCGGAUUUUAUGGCUUAUAUCGAGAUAAUGCGCCGUCUAUUAGGAAAUGAGUUUGUCUGUGCAGCGGAUAUUGUUGCCAUACCAAAGGAAAGCGAUAGAUUCUGGAUAAACGAGCACAUACGCGACCACAGGCCGGUUGCGCGCCUCGAUAAGGAAUUUGUGGGGCCAUUCGGUCUGCUGCUGCCAGAUGUGACCCAAUUGCCUGCCACAUUCGAUGUUCUACUUGCCAAUAUACAGGCAAAGGACAUGAACAUGGACACGGACAUGGAUGCAGACAUCUGCAGCAGCAGCAGCCGGAGCCAGAGCCGGAGCUGUGGAAUCAGCCGGCUGGGCGAUACAUAUGCGAUCGAAAUAAAACCGAAACAGGGCUGGAUCCAGUUGCCAAGUGAUGUCAGCGAUUUAUUUGAUUUAAUGCCAACAGGCGACGGCGACAACACAACCUCUGAACCGGCUAAGGUGCGGCCAACAACAGUUCAGUCCAUGUUAAAUCCAGACAAAUGCAGGUGUCGCUAUUGCAGCAUGCAGCUCGUUAAGUUGCAGUCGGGCAAAAUCAAACGUUUGGGCAACUAUUGUCCAUUGCAGCUCUUCUCCGGUCAACCCGGUCGUAUGCUCGAUGCCUUGAAUGCACUUUUCGCUUGUCCGCAAAAUAAUUUACGUGUAUUUCAGAGCGGCAAUUUAAUUUAUGGCGAUCACGCGAAUUCGAUUUCCUGCGAGGAGCUGCAUACUCGAGUUUUUCCAGGUGAAAUUAUGGCGCUUAUAAAACAUUUGCUGGUCGCCUGCCUGCUCAGGGAAUACAACAACAGCAGCAGCAGCAGCAGCAGCAGCAGAGAGGAUGGCCACAGCUACGUGGCAGGCGCUGCUGCAUUCGGGGAAUCGACAUUCAAACGUUGUGGCACCAAGACAAAAGCUACAGAAACUACAGAAAUUGGCGUGGCUAAUGUUGAUGCUGCUGCCGGGCAGGUGAAACAGCAGCAGGAGGGGAAAGAGGAGAAGGGCGAUGAGUUUGUCAAAGCUGUUGCUGGUCAGCCGCAGCGACGCGGCGCGAGAGCAGCAGCAGCUGCUGCUGAAAAAACCAGCCAAAGGUACACAAAGCGUUGCAAAAUGGCAACAACAACAACAGAAACAACAAGCGAAAGGACAACCGAAAGGACAACAAUUGCCCCAACCGGGUUGUCAACGAAUGUGGCUCGAACGGAAAUGGAAACGGAAACACUGGCGACUCCAACUCCGACUCCGGCUCCGACUCCAACUCCGACUCAAGCACAGAUCAACAAAGCGGAAAUAUUUCACUUACCAAAAAAUUGUGUGCUGCAAAAAAUUUUGCAUUUGCAAUUGCUGGUAAAGCGGCAUUUUCAUUACAUGUGGCAACUGGGAUAUGCAGCACAUGCCACGCCCAGCUACGAGGCGCUGCGACAGCUGCUCAGCUGUCAGCCGUGGGAUAAUGUGGAUGAGCUGGCCGCCGAGCAGGCGUACAUGCUGGGCGCCACGGCACUCGACUGUUCCAUAAUGCUGACGUUUCAGGAGAUACGCUGCCCGGCCAGGCACAACAGCGCUUUGCAGCCUUGGCUGGUUUCCGUGCGGGACCGUCAGUUUCUGACCAAGCUGAGCGUGCUCGAUCUGGACCCGAAGCCCGAUAGUCACUUUCAUAAAUUUAUAAAGCAUACACGCGAAAUCGAAAAGUGUUGCCGAGCAUUAAAUUAAUUAAAUAAACUCACGACAUUCAGCUAAAAAA